CAUUGCCUCUACGUCUCACAGUCGGAUUUAGCCUCCAAAGACUGUGCAGAGAUCUGUAUGCAUUUGGUGAGUCUUUGCCCUUUUUAUUUUAAACAGACCUGCUUUGAUUUUCUGGCAUUGGGAGAACUGAGUGUAAUAGCAUUAUUGGUGGAAAGAACUGUCAUGCCUUAUUGAUCAGUUUGGAAUUAUGUUUGGGCUGGAGCAAUUUGAGCCACAGAUCAAUAGCAGAAGCGCUGGCCAAGGAGAGAGAAACUUCACCCAGCCUGGGAUGAAUAUGAGCUCUCAUUUCAAAAACCCUGCAUUCCAUUCUGGAGGGACUUCAGGGACUGUGGAUCCUGCAAUUGGAGCUUUAAACGAACCUGCCAUGUUAGGCAUGAAUCUCAACUUAAACGGUGAACCCUAUGGGUACCAUGCCAGGGGGCACUCAGAAAUCCACGCUGGGGGAAUGCAACCACAGCCUGUUCAUGGUUUCUUCAAUAAUCAGCAGCAUCACCAUGGUCACCCUAAUACUCAUUCUCACCAGCACCACCCUCACUUCAGUGGCAGUUUUGGUGGGCCUGAUGCCACUGCAUCUUGUUUGCAUGGUGGUCGGCUUAUGGGUUACAACAAUAAUCUUGGAAACCAGCAAGCCUUUGGUGAGGGCUAUGAACAAAUGGCAGAGAAUCAAUCUUCCGGAGAAGGAUUUGGACAGCAGAGAUCAGGUAAUAUUCCUGAUUUUCAACACCCUAACUCUAGUGCUUCUAAUCAUGCUGUCCCUGCACCCUGUCUUCCUUUAGACCAGUCUCCAAAUCGUGCUGCAUCCUUUCAUGGGCUUCCUUCAUCCACCUCCUCUGAUUCUCACAAUUUGGAACAAAGGAGAAUCCAUAGCCAAGGAAGUGUUGAUCCCUUGGAAUACAAUUAUCCUAGUGAUGGCCCUUCUGGACACUUUGAGGUACCUGUGUACUCUCCUUCAGAAUCUGAGGGCCAUUAUGCGGCCGGAAGGCAGGUCCCCAGUGGUGGCUUCCCUAGCACUUCUGUUUUACCCAGGCCUCCUGGCAUAGUCGGAAUGUCCAAAGUGCAUCCACAGCCGCAGCACGGGGUUUUCUUUGAAAGGUUUGGGGGGUCACGAAAAAUACCCGCAGGCAUUGAGCCUGCAGUCAAUGCCAGACAUCCCCUCCUACAGCAGCAGCAGCAGCAGCAACAGCAGUCUGCUUUACUUGCCAGACAAAACUCAUGCCCCCCAGCAAUUACCAGGCAACAGCAAACAGAAGCCAAUAACUCUAACCCAAACUUACAGGACAAUGGACCAGUAAUGCAGAACCAACAUUCACAGUUUGAAUACCCUAUUCAUAGACUGGAGAAUAGAAAUAUGCAUCCGUAUUCAGAAUCAAUGUUCAAUAUGCAACAAGGACCUCCACAGCAACCUUCAAAUCAAAGAUUGCAGCAUUUUGAUGCUCCUUAUAUGAAUGUCACUAAAAGGCCCAGGUUUGACUUUCCAAAUAAUCAUGGUGUGGAUAACUGUGCUGCUUGGAAUAACAGUAGCAUUCACAAUGCUGGCAUUGACAGUCAUUUAUCUCCCUCUGCGUAUACUGGCCUUCCAGGUGACUAUACUCCUCAAGUGCCAGAAACUUUUCCCCCUGGCCCAACUCUGCAACACCCCAGCUCAGAUCAUCAAUCCCUUCAACAGAGACAGAAUGCAGCAAUGAUAAUUAAACAAAUGGCUUCCAGAAACCAGCAGCAACGAAUGAGACAAGCUAAUUUACAGCAAUUGGGCCAUCAUGGGGAUGUUAAUCAAAACAGCAUUGUUCAUGGAGCUCAGGUGGGGAAUCUGCCGCAGCCUAAUUUUGAUCGAGAAGGGGGCAGGAUUGGUAAUUUUGACCCCCAAAACCCACAUGUGGCUCAAGAGAAUGCCUGGUUUCCUGGCCCUCAUCCACCUGGAGAUAUUCUUCAAAGGAGGAUGGGUGGGUCAAGUCUUCCUCCUGAUCCUGCAUCUCAUGACAUUAGUUUACAACAAAAUGGGUCAAAUUUGCUGUUCAGGCCAGGUGUUAAUAGGAUAGGUAUGCAGGAGCCUUUAGGGAUACCGGGAGAAGGACACGUUCAGUCUCUGCAUUCUCCCGGAAUGCACUCUCAGUUUGGAAAUAAUAUGGCUAACCUUUCCCAAAUGCAGUCACCAGGUGGAGGGGUGGGUAUUAACAGUACCCCGACAGACAGGAGGGGGGCUCCAGAUUUCACAGGUCCAGCCAUAGGGGGGCAGCCAGGAUUUCCAUUUGUUGGGUCAAAUAGACAGUCAACCCCACACAAUCCACAAGGUGUAAAUUCCUCACCAGGUUCUUAUCCACCACAAUCAGAUUUUCAAGCCAGCCAGCGGUCCACAGCCAGUAAAUUGGGGGCACUAUCCCUUGGUUCAUUUAGUAAAUCUAAUACUAAAGAAAAUAUGUUUGGACAAAGCUGCUUAGCUGCCCUCUCUACAGCUUGCCAGAAUAUGAUUGCUAGCUUAGGUGCUCCAAAUCUUAAUGUAACAUUUAAUAAAAAAAGUCAAGCAGAAGGAAAGAGAAAAUUAAGCCAAACAGAGAGUGACAUAAAUAGCAACACUGGGAAUAACACUAGUUCAGAUUAUUUUCCAGGGGGCUCAUCCCAGAGCAACCAGGUGCCGGGUGCUUCCAAUGCCAACAGUAAGUCUGUAGGGCAAAGUGCGGCAGCUCAGCCCACACAGGGUGAAACUAGUUUAUCCCCAAACUACAGUAUUGAAGCCACUCCUGGGAAUGAUGGCAAACCAGUGACUGGUGGUGGACGAGGGAGGGGCAGGAGAAAAAGAGACAGUGGACAUGUAAGUCCAGGUAACUACUUUGAUAAGUAUUCUGCAGAUAGUGGUGGUACUGUGGUGAGUCCAGGGCAGCAGGGUCAGUCAGCCAACCCAGGAGAAGCUGGGGGGACUCCAAAUGACAAGCCCUUGACCUCUCCGUCUUGGGGAAAAGGGGGUGAGUUACUUCUUAGUGACCAACCUGACCUCAUGUCAUCUUUGGAUAGUGGAAUUCAAAGUGUGACUAAAUCUGACAGCAGCUCACCUCAUGUUGACUUUCCAGAAGAUGUCAACACCACUUAUGGCAAUGAAGAUGAAGUUUCAUCUAGUUCAGAUAACAACAUAUCAAAACCCAGUAGCUGUCCUAUGGUAACAGGGUCUCCAAAAAUUCAGCGGGGUGAACAUGGAAUUCUUAAUGGACAAAAAACAAUGGGUCUAAACUUGCUAAAUAACACUACCUCUCUCCCGGACAGUUAUGGUUUGAGUAGCACUGGUGGGGGUCACCCUGGGACCCCAGGGAUGGAACAGGUGCGUACUCCAACCAGCACAUCUACCCAGGAUGAGAUUCACCCUCUAGAGAUUCUCCAAGCACAGAUACAGCUUCAGAGACAGCAGUUCAGCAUUUCUGAGGACCAGCCCUUGGGGAUGAAGAAUAAAAAAAAUGACUGUACUUCUCAAAAUGUGGACAGUGAUUUGAACAGUUGUUGCUCAGACAAUGUCAAAAAUUCUAUGAGUACUAUAGACCUUGACUCUCUUAUGGCAGAACAUAAUUCAACCUGGUACAUGCCUAAUGAGAAAUCAUUGAUGGAGGGAGAAGAAGAAGACAAAUCUAUUACACCUUGGGAAAAAUCAAAGAGCCAACAAACCAACAAAGAAGGCCAUGACUUUCCCCAGAACAAGACCUCAGCAGCGGCACAAAAUGGAAGCCAUUUGCAAUGCCUCUCAGUUCACUGCACAGAUGACAUUGGGGAGUCAAAGGGUAGGACUCCCGUACCUACAUGGAGAUCCCUUCAUUCUGAUAUCUCCAACAGAUUUGGAACUUUUGUUGCUGCCCUCACUUGAAAUUUAAGAAAAUAAGAACAUACGUUUUUUUUUUUUUUUUUAAUUUUCUAAAAGGGUGGACUAUUUUUUUUUUUUUUAGGUUGGUACAGGCUUAGUGGCGUACGGACUUGGAAGGGUUAAUUUAAAGUAAACCUCAUAUUUUUGAAUCUUUUGCCACAGUAUGAUACCAGUGUUAAUUCUUCUUCAUCCAGCACUAAUUAUGCUUUAUACCUUCCUUCUAGUUAAUACCCCUCUCCCCUUUACUCUGUAAUUUUGGCCUACUGUUUAUCUGGGUUAGAGAAGGGCUUUUGUAUGUCAAAGUGGUAUAUAUAUAUAUAUAUAUUCUUUUUUUUUUUGCUUUUCUCAAUGCUACAUGAAAUAUUAUUUCUGAGGAGAAGUUGUUAUUUUCCAUUUUAAAAAUUUUGUUUUAUCUCACGCUUAUCUUCUUGGCUUUUUGGAAAGAAACAAAUCUCUUCAUAAUUCAUGGAAACUGUAUGUUUCAGCAAUGCAUUUAUGCUUACAAAUAUGGGAGGUGACCAUUUUGAUUUCUGAAAGGAUGCUUUUUGGGACUGGAUAUCACGCUGUAAAAUGGAUGUUUUGCUGUUAUUUUGCACACGUUAAAAUAUCAAGUAUAUUGCCGUACUAUUUAUUCUGUACUUAUUUCAAGCAUUCAUAACAUGAAGAGCGUAAUACUUUGGUACAAACAACAAUAUAAUAUUUUUUUGUAAAUGUAUCUAAAGAAUAAAUCUCCAUUUCUGAGGUGUAAAAGGUUUUCAUGGUGCCUUAGUUUUCAGCUUUUAAACUGCGUGACUUAAAACAGUUCAGUAAUUACCACUGGUGUACCGUGAACAUCUCAAUCAGAACUUGGGUUACUUACCUAUUAGUCUGCAAACUGGCUUGUUUUCUGGCUACUAACCCACAUACAUUCUGCUAAGAAGUGUGACGCAAAGCAAGCAUGAGAUUGUUGCACUCUAAGUGUCUGAGUUGAGAACUACUGGUGCAAUGCACGUACAUAUGGAAGGCCCGUGUUUGUGUAUAAUAUCAUGUGGAUCUGCUAUGAAUAUUAGUAUCAUUUCUGCACACCUCUGCAACAGUUGUCAUUUUGUGCAGUUAAAGAGGACCUGUCACUCGUCACUUCACAUUAAGCAGUAGAGCAUAAAAAGUAUAAAAACCUGUCUAUAUGUUGUGUUAACAUUUUUAAAAACGGUUCAGCGGUUUUUGAGAUGUUUUUAAUGAUAACUUUCAAACUACCUGCUGUGAAAGGUAUUAUUCCGUGGACAUUAUGGGCACACAUCACUAAUGCGUGUUUCCUGUUUUAUGCACCAGUUGCAAAACAAGACACACAAAUUUAUAAACAAGGAAAAUGAACAACCAAUCUGAAGAGAGAAUAAGGUACAGAUGUAAACAAGAAGCAGGCAGUUUAACUGCAUAUGCUCUAUUAAAAAAUUUCGAAAUUGCUGAGACAUUAAAAAGAGAGAGAAAAACGUGUACAGAGUAUUUUACGGUUUAGUGAUUUAUGUCCAUUUUUAAAGUGACAGAUCCAUUUUAAUGAGAUGUCAGCUACAUGAAAUGUUGCUGCACAUUUAUUUGUUUCAGAUGAACUCUACUUGCUUUUGCAAAAUAUCCCUUUUUCCCAUAUCAAUGCCAGAAAAUCAAAGAUCUGAAAAGAAAAAGAAAGUUAUCUUAACUUUCCCAACUUUACAUUUAAAAUAUCUAUGUUUACGUUAUUAAACACGUUGCCUGGAAAAAAAAAGUGCAAUAAAUCUAUAACUUAACUGAGACAAUGUUUGUUUUUCUAUUGAAACUUAUAUAAAUUUCCAAAGGUUCAAGGAUGAUGCUCUCUGUUAAAGGUUUAUUAUAGGGUCUGGAACACAAACCUGUAUUCCUGACCCUAUAGUGUUUAACCCACCAAUUAAGUGGCUUGCUCCCUUUAGCCCCUCUAUAAAAG